CUUGGUCGUUUCAUUGGCAAAGGUUGCGAGUAGUGAAGCUCUGAAAGCAUUAAGAAAAGUUAGAUUGCUUGGUUUAGAUAGUUCUGUAUUACGAGUACAACUCUUGUCAGUUCAGCAAAUGCCGGAACAGAGCCAGCCUUCAGUUGCCACCCAAGGUGAGGGUGAGACAGAAGACCCAAUUGUGGAUACAGAUAUGCUGAUUAAACACCCCCUUCAGAAUCAAUGGACCUUGUGGUUCUUCAAACCAGACAGAGCCAAGGGAUGGGAGGAGAAUCAACGUGAAGUGAUCCACUUUGACACCAUUGAAGACUUUUGGUCAACACACAAUCACAUCAAAUCAGCAAGUGAGCUUUCAGCAGGUUGUGAUUACUCAUUAUUCAAAGCUGGAAUCAAGCCCAUGUGGGAAGACCCCCGAAAUAACAAUGGGGGUCGAUGGCUUAUCAGCUUGGACAAGAAACAGAGAUCAUCUGAACUUGACAACUAUUGGCUUGAAGUGAUACUUUGUUUGAUUGGUGAGGCAUUUGAAGAAUACAGUGACGAUAUUUGUGGAGCUGUAGUCAACAUUCGACCAAAAGGAGACAAAUUAAGUAUUUGGACAGCAGACUGCUCUAAUCGAGAUGGCAUUUUGAAAAUUGGCCAGAAACUUAAAGAGCGACUUGGGAUUACAGCUAAAGGGUCAAUUGUGUAUGAGGCUCACAAUGAUAGCAUGAAAAAAUCUGGAUCUGUCGCCAAGUUCCGAUACACUGUUUAACACCGGAUUCAUUUAGUAAAAGAAUUUACUAUCGCUAUUUUUUUCAGCAAUGUUGGUUGAGGUUUGAAUUUCAUACACAGUCAAGAUGCUCCCCUAUGCCUUUGAUACAACAUCCCAUUACUGUAAAAAAAAAAAUGUUUAUCCCCAGGCUAUGGGCUAGAGAUGAAAAAUGAGAACGAAGUCCACUAUCGCAUUUACAGAAAGGGCUGCAACAGAAAACAGUAACUUUUUUCGUUUAUUUUUCAAAGCUGUCGAGUUAUGGAGAUUGAUGAGCGUGUUUCCUUCUUUUCUCUCAUCUGACUGGAAAUAUUUAUUCAAGAGAGGUUAAUUUUUUUUUCCGUAAUUUUUGUUCUGUAAUGUUUGCGGCGAUAGAGCAGAACGCCUGGUAUGCAGUUUUUCGUUUCUUUGAUUUUUCCUGAUGGCAUACUAAUGAUUCCCGAAAAAGCAAUCGUUUAUUGAAAAGGUUACGUAUGAGGUGAUGUUCACAACGUAUCUAUGACUUGUGCUUUUCUCUUUGUUUUCUUCUUUUUUCUUCAUUGCUCCGUUUCAUGACCAAUAUAACCUGGCAUUAAUUUUCAACUUACCCAGCUCUUCUAUUAGCCAAUCAACAAGACUCCGUCGUGUUCCUCUUGACAACUCCUCUCCCACCAAUCUCGCAAUUUUUUUGUUUGUUUUUAUCCUCCCAACCCUGUUGAUUGUAAUCCCUACUAGUUCUCUUCUGUUUCUUUGGUUUUUCGUCACUGCAAUACAUUAUUGCAUUUGGAA